AUGGCGGAAUCUCGACAGGAAUUAGUCAACUGGGUCAACGACCUGCUACUGCUGGAUAUCACUAAGGUCGAGCAAUGCGGAACCGGGGCUGUUUAUUGUCAAAUUUUGGAUUCCAUCUUCUUAGAUGUACCCAUGUCCAAAGUACGAUAUGACGUGAACACUGAAUACCAGUACUUGAAUAACUUCAAGGUGCUACAGAACACAUUUUUGAAACACAAAAUCGACCGGUCGGUACCAGUGGAACGUCUUGUGAAAUGCCGGUUCCAAGACAACCUGGAAUUUUUACAAUGGGUUCGCAAGUUUUGGGACGGCAAUUACCCAGGUCAUGAAUAUGAUCCAUUAGCAAGACGAAAAGCAGGUCCCCUUCCUACCUCGGCUGUGAAUAGGGUUGUUCCUGGAACCAAUGCCACCAGUGCUGGAGGUGGAAGUCGUACCUCGUCGGCUGCCGGAGCCAGAACAGCUAGUAAUCCCACCAGUAUACGGGCAGGAUCCAGUACAGUGUCCUCACGCAAUGUUUCCGGGUCAUCUACGGCCUCAGCACGAAGGCCAGCGUCAGUUCAACGAAACACCACCCCGGGUCUGGCAGGCCAAGACGCCGCGGUGAGAUCAAUUCGACCAUUGAAAGAGAAGAUAUCCGAAUUAGAAGCCGAGCACGAGCAACUAGUCAACACAGUCGACAUUCUCGAGACAGAGAGGAACUUUUAUUAUGACAAAUUGUUCAACAUUGAGCUGUUAAUACAACAAGCAGUGGACGACCUCGACAAGACCAAGACCGAGACCAACGGAACCACUACAGAAACCGACGAAGACGGCCAGCCAAUUGACUCGACCACCGAAACCAGCGAAAAGUCGUCUGUCGAAGACACAUACGCGACACUGGUGCGGGAAAUCCAGGCCAUCCUCUACAAAACCACCGAGGGCUUCGAGAUCCCGACCCAGGAGUACGAGACCGAAGAGACGUUCUAG